UGUUUUUUUGUCUAACAAAAUAAUGGUAGAGUUUUGAGUUUAUCGUCGCAUUAUCUUAUCUUGGGAAUUGAAGUUGUUCUGAAAUAAUGAUUUUGUGAUUUUCUCACUAACGACACACAAAACCGUUUCUGUAAGCAUCGAACACAUUACUCUUGUCUAAGAAAAAAAUUUUAGACACAUUUUAAAUUUAAACGCCCGUCCCAGGCCACUGGAGACCGUGAUUCCGAUUGAGACAUCCGAAGCUAUGAAGAAUGGAGAGAGAGAGACUCUACAACCUGAUAAAAACUUAAAAGUUACCUCAUUCAUUAGGUUCAAAUAAGUUAACUUAUUUCAAUCAUGAUGGAUACCCAGCAAUUUUAUAGUCACUGGCCUCCAGAGAGAGUGGUUGGUUAGAGUGGUUUGUAAAACAACAUUGACAUUGGUGUGAACUGAAGAACCGAACAAGAGCAGUGUGGAAUUCAUCACAUGCUAGCUGAGGUGUGGGACAAAUUUGAGGAUCGCCUAGAUGUAUGAUUAAAACUUAUAAAGGGGGGUCAUUUGAGCUUUUAAAUGUUGCAGGUGUUCACUGAUGGAUUCUUUGGGCAGACUGAACCAAACAUCUGUAUAGCGAAACUGUGAUCAACCUAAAGGAAAAUAUUGUACAAUAUGGAAACAAAUUGAUAAAAAGAAAGAGCACUCUAAUUUCAGUUUGCUUAAUUAUUUUCACUGUUUUACGUUUAAAGAAAAUCAAUUGAACUUAGACUGUUUUGUUAUUAGACCAUGAAAAUGGCUCUUAUUGAUGUAGCUAAGGCUUCUCUUGGAGAACUCAAUUUAUUUCACUGUUUGGUAAUGACUAUCAUAGCUCUACCAUUCCUCAACAUCAUAUACACCAAAGGUCUGAAGAUGCUGCUGACUAAAGUAGGUUUCCAAAUCACCUACAUCCACACACUAAUUGCAACAUUCUGGGGUAUUAGUUUCAAGUUAAUAAGCUUGAUAACUAUUUAUGGACAUCUUGAAGGAAACUGGAACUUACUGGAUUGGAGAUCAAGACUGGAUGAUGAGUUGACUAAAUGUAAAGUUCAUGAAAAAACCAUAGUUCACGGAUUCAAUACAGUUUUUGUCCUGCAUACUGCUUUUUUGAUCCAAGACUUUCUAGACACGUUGGUUACUAAAGGCUAUAAAAAUGUUGAGUUUCUACGGAAACAGUUGUUUUUGGCCAUAUAUAUUUUGGCAAGUUACCAAGGUUGCUCCAUGUUUGGGCUGUCUCUCUUGUUUGUAUCUGAUUGUUCUGAAGUUGUUGAAUUGGGAAGCCGACUGAUUUUCCUGAUAUCUACACAUACUACAUCCCGAGUAUUACGGAGUGUGUCCAAAAUUAUACUGGCUUUCGCGCUGUACUGGUGGGUCCUUACUUAUCUGUACACCUACCCAGUAUUUUUAACCCAUAACAAAACGAUGGCAUCCUCAAUGAUGAAGGCAGACUUAAUUAUGUUGAUCGUGAUGGAUACGUUGACAUGGGUCUAUCUUAUUUUCACCAUCAUUGCUUCUACAUUUACAAGAAUAAUGGCAAGCUUGGCUUUCCAAUCUAUUGAUAGACCACAAACUAUGGAAUUCUUCCUGCUCGGCUGUGAUCCAUGGAUUGCAAAAUGGACUAGGCCAUCAAUAUUACUCGAUUCUGAACCCGUGUUGCCUGAACAAGUCAGAACGAAUCUGAACACGUUGAGAGCAUCCAUACGAGCUAGAAACAUCAUUAUGCGAAAAGUUAAAAAAUUAAGAGAGAAGAAAAUCAACACUGCACGUGGUUCUUCAGUAUGCGUUGACAGCAACGAUGAUGAACCCACAAACUAGAUGAUGGUACGAGUUCUUAUGGGAUACAUAUUUGUUGAAGAGGGAGUUAAGGAGACCAAAUUUGACUUCCUUUAUACUCAGUGGUUAAUACUCGGUGUUUGUUUGGUUAGUGCGCUACAAGAGAGUAGUCACAGCUCAAUAUGUUAGUGUUUAGUUUUUUAUGAACACUUGUGCCUUAAGAAAUUGACAAAGCAAGAGCAUUACAGUUUUUAUGGGUUUUUUUUUCUUUUUAAUUGUAAACUUAAUUAUAAUGACAAAGACUGAAUUGUUAUAUGUAGUAGUUUUAAGUUUAGGUCUAUUUUUGUUACCAACUACUUAGUCAACUGUUAUUGUUUAAAUAUUAUCCUUUAGUUGUAAGUUUUGGGUUUCUAAUUUUUUUACAAAUUUCCAUUGGUACCUAUUUGUUGAACAUUUGGUCUAAAAGAUAAAAAUAUCUGUAGACAUUGCCUAACUCUUCAGCUGAAUUUAAAUUGUGGGUGUUUAAUGCCAAGUUACUCUUAAAUAGAGUACUUACCUAAAUAAAUACUUUACGUCUUUUGAAAAGUAGUGUGGAUACUGGAUACUUCCGAUCAUCUGUGCAGUUUUCAAUUUGCAGAGUGUUUGAAAAUGGGUCAUUUUACCCAAAACGAGUAACCCCAGAUUAAUUAAAUAUUGAAGUCUGACAAAAAGGUAUGUAACCUAUCAUAUUAUUUGUCUUUUUUACUUCUGGCAAUAAAUCGGGGACUUAACCAUUCCAACACUAUAGGAGGAUAUAUCCGCUAGCAUUUUGUGCAUAGCGGACGGUAGGCCAAUUAUUACAACAGUUAUUGUUAUAGUUGAUUGUCUAUAACAUCAUUCAUAUUCGUAAAAACGUCCUUUUAUUCAAUUUUUUUCUUAUAUAAAAUAAUUUUGCUUUCUGUAUUCAUACAGGCUUUCUGCCAAGGGUCAACAUUUUGAUCACUUCAGCUAAAGCUUUUACCAGAAAAAGUGACUGUAAAGAACGUAGCGAAUCUUUCAGUAGUAUAUUUGUAUUUUCCUGCAAUUCUUUAAGUGUCCAGUGACUUUGAACAGCAUCAAGAUACACAUCUGGUAUGUGGAUACUGGCAGAUUGUAGUCUUUCCCUUGAAAUGAAGCCUUCAUCUCAGCAGAGCCCAGUUGAGGCAGUCAUGUCAGUUGAUGACCGCAGUGAUGGAACGAGUACAACUGCUUUAAUGAGGUGUAAGCAGUCUGGGUGUGAGAAGGCAGACGACACGUAGGGAGGAUGUAAAUAUCAACAUGUUCAAAGCUCAAAGCUAUCAUCUGCUUGCAGAAUUUGUUGUUGGAGAAUGAGUUUACCAAGAAAAAAUCAGUGAAUUGUUUCAUUUCUAGCAGCCUCUCUAUGAUGCUUAUGGGCCUUGGUUCUUGGUUCACCAUCAUUUCCUAUCCCUGCUGACACAGGUACCUACUCGUACUCUCGAAUAUGACCUUUAAACUGCCUGGCACCCAAUAUAGUAGCUGGUACAUCAUUUUAAGGUCUUCUGUCAACUGGUUUCCCAUCAUGUGGACUGCACCCGCACCAGAUUCUGGCAUCUCAACAAUUUGCUUCAAGUUGGUGGUGACAAGCUUUGUUCCAAGGGAAAAACUACGAUCUGCCAAUAUCCCAGUAUUAUUUCCCAUCCCUGCUGAUGCAGGUACCCUCUCAUACUUUCGAACAUGGCCUUCAAAAACCAUCUGGCACCCAAUAUGGUACAUCAUCUUAAGGUCUUCUGUCAACUGAUUUCCCAUCAUGCGGACCACACUAGAUUCUGCCUUCUCAACAAUUUGCUUCAUGUUGGUGGUGAUAAGCUCGUCCUCCACUACUUUUACAAUUUUCAGUUUUGUCAUCUCGUUGAAACAACCAUCAGCCCUUUCAGCCUCUUUACAAAUAUAUUGCAUAAAUUCUUCAGAUAAUCUGCUGUGUUCCCCUGCAUUAUUAUCCUUUGGCUUUCACUCUUGAAGAAGGCAAUGAUUGUUGUAGGAAUGGAAGUUCACUUGGUUGAAAAUACUCAACUGAAUAGCCAGUCCUUCACUGGGUCACCCCGCCCCGAUGAUAAAUUCCCUUUAAAUGAAACUUUAAGCUUGAAAUUUAGCAGGAUUAAACUUCCACAAAUGAAAAAUAAUGUUGGAGACGAUAGGAGAUCCAGACACGAUGACAAGAAUUAAUGAAGAAAGGAAACGUGAAGUAGAAGCUGCUGUUAUGAGGGUUAUGAAAGCUCGUAAGAUUGUCAAGCUCGAUAUGUUGAAGUGAUCAAAAUGUUAAGUCCCUGACUUAUUGCCGCCAAAGAGUUUAUCAAGAUUAGGACUGAAGAUCUGGUAGAGAGGAGAUUUAUUGCCAGGAGUAAAAAAGACAAGCGAGUCUAUGAGUAUGUGGCUUAAAAAUAAGAGCCAGAAGUGCGUUUCAAAACUGCACAGAUGACCUGAAGUAAUUCAUCUACACUAUUUUACAAAAGACGUACACUCCUUUAAACCCUUUGUCAAACUUACAUCUUAAAUUGAUUUUCCGUAGAGUAACACUAUCUCAGCUGAGGAAAUAAAAUAGUUAAAUCAAUUGUUCACAGUUUUUCUUUUUUAAUAUGAAGGCUUAAUUACAUAGUAAUCAAAGUACAAUUUUUAACCAUCCAUUUUUAGCCUAUUAUUAUUGUAUUUUAAGUUCAUCCUAACACUAGUGCCUUCUAGUGAGCAAUUGAACAAUUUAGCGUUUGCCAUUUCUUGAUAUUUUUCUGCCAUGAGACAAAGGAAAGUAAAAGCUGUAAUAUUGAUAUGAUGAUUUUCAUUAUUCAAAGUUAUCAUGGCUUAUCCAUAAGAAACUAGUAUCAUGUUAAAAAAUGUUUGGGCACAUUAACUUUAUACUAUUAUGAUGUUAAAACUCAUAUCUUGUUAAGAGAGGUUUUACUAUAACUAAAGUAAUUUAAACCAAAUUGUAUCAGUUUUGCCUAUUUUAUCUGAUGUAGAAACUUUAAACAUAAGUCUUGCCAGACAAGAAUAAGCCAAAUGUGAAAAUUUGUUUAGCUUGAAAUUGUAAGUUGUAGAAUUUACAUUUAAGACUCAAAUGUUACAUUUGUAAUUAGCAAGGUACCUACUAUUUAUUCCUUAUCACAAUACUUGUAUCAGUAGUAACUCUUUGGUUUUUCUUUAUGUACUUCAUAAUUAAAAUAUGUUACC